AGCGGCAGAACGGCUACUGUUGUCAAAAAAUUUGGAAAAUAUAUCACUGGUACCAUCGAUAUCUGAUCUCGCAGCAAUAUGGCUUGUUAAACAGCGUGCCGAAUAUCCUUACAGCUGUCCACAAUGUGGAAAACGUUAUCAACAUCGUGCAACACUUUUACGUCAUUCGCGACACGAAUGUAAUAAAGAGCCACGUUUUUUGUGUCCCUAUUGUUCUCAUCGAACGAAACAACGUGGAAAUUUAUAUCAACACAUUCGUACAAAUCACGCUGGCAAACGAGUAUUUUGCAAUGAAUAAUAAUUUCUUUUUUUAUUUUUUUUUUAUUUUUUUUUUUAUUGUAAAAGCCAAGAAAAACAAACCUCAAAGUUACCAAUUUUUCAAAGAAAAAAUAGUUAAGAAUAUAAUUAUAAUAUACAACGAAACUUUUCAACAAUUACGUGACAAUUUUUUUUUCAGCAAAAAAAUGAAGAUCAAAAUAACAUAAAAUCUUAAAUGUCACCGUGAAAACCCUUGUUUACGUCAAGGAAGUGCAUAAAGAAACAAAGCAGUUAAACAACAAAUUAAAUCAAAUAAGCCAGCAACUACAGUUGAAUCUUCCGAUUACACAAGUGUCGACCUUUGUCGAAGAAAACAAUAUAGAACUCCCAUUAAAAGAUAUGACAGAUUUUGAUAGCUUCGAACUAAAGUUGGCAGAAACCGAUUUUCAAAAACAAUUUAUAUCAACUCUUCCACUAUACUAUCAUCCAAAAUUCAAUCUACGAAAAACAUUAACGAAUAUCCUCAGAAAAUAUUUGUCAAAAACAUUGGCUCUCCAAUUUGUUACACAAAGUAAUUCUAACAAUAAGGUUAAAAAGGUUUUUAAGGGGACGAAAAUGUAUAUGUGCAUGCUUGCUACAAUUUCAAAAACACACACGGAAGAAAGGACAUUGGAUCUUCUUACUGAAAAAACCUUUUUAUCAGAAUUGGGCAACGUUUUCCCUAACGCCAAAGAUUGGGAGGGUAGAGUACGCGUUCAGAAAAAUAAAAAUAAUGCAACUCCCGAAGACUAAACUAUCAAUACGUAAUUAUAUGGCCUAAAAAAUAAUUACUUUCAUUUGUUCUGUAAUUAUUUUCAUUAUAUUUAUGAAUAAAAGUCUUUUUAUAAAUA